CAGACAAUUGAAAUACGCUGCUCAGAUCACACCGAAAAAAAAGAAGAAAUCAACAUUUUAAGAGUCUGUUUACAGGUCGCAGGCCCAAUGAACAGCACCGUAGCAAAACGCAUUAAAUUGAAAAGAGGAGUCUCCCCUGCACCUAGUCAUGUGUCCAUGAAGAGUGAGCGCUCAAUGGAUCCACCAGGAAACUUCAUGGGUGGGGCUACAGCACACAUGACCAGCAUUAAAUUAAAAAGAGGAGUGUCACCUGCACCAAGUCAUGUGUCCAUGAAGAGUGAGCGCUCAAUGGAUCCACCAGGAAACUUCCUGGGUGGGACUCGACAAGACAGCAUUAAAUUGAAAAGAGGAGUCUCCCCUGCACCUAGUCAUGUGUCCAUGAAGAGUGACCGCUCAAUGGAUCCACCAGGAAACUUAAUGGGUGAGACUACAGACCAGAGGCUCAGACCUGGGAGGGAGGACAUGACCAGUGAUCUUUCAAGGACCUUGUUAACAGAGGACCACUUCCGUUGUUCAGUGUGUACGGAAGUGCUGAAGGACCCCAUCUCCAUUCCCUGUGGACACAGUUACUGCAGGCAGUGCAUCACCUCAUACUGGGCCCAGCGUAACCAUGCAGGACACUAUGCCUGUCUCCAGUGCUCACACACAUACAGCUCCUGCCCUGCACUUUACACAAACUCAGCCUUAGCAACAGUAGUCCAGCAGCUCCAGCACAUCAGUCCUGUUCCUCCUGCUCACUGCUACGCUGGUCCUGGAGAUGUGGCCUGUGAUUUCUGCACUGGGAGGAAACUUAGAGCUGUGAAGUCCUGCCUGACCUGCUCUGCCUCCUAUUGUGAGUCUCACAUCAGGCAGCACUACACAGUUCUAGUACUGGAGAAACACACACUGGUGGAGCCUGAACACCAGAGGGAAAGACCCAACGAGCAGUGGAACAUUAAGACUGAGGAUUCUAAAUUGCCAGAAGACAAAAUGAUCUGCCCACAGCACAACAAACAAAAAGAGUAUUUCUGCAAGACAGACAACAUUUUCAUCUGUAGCCUGUGCACAACAGAGGGACACCGUGGUCAUGACAUCAAAACUGAAGAUAUGAGUCAGGCAAACAUAGACAUAUUUGAAAAUCAAAAGAUUGACAUGUUUGAUGAUGAUAAAAAGGUAAACAAUCAUAAAAGGAAGAUAGAAACUACAACGUUGGAGGAGAUCUGUCCAAAUAAAGAAGAAAAGUGGAAAAAACUGUUAACUGAAGUUAAGGCUACGACCUUCAAGCUGACAGAAGAGAUUACUGGACUGAAGACAGAGAACUCAAACUUGAUGGCCAAGAAUGCCACCCUAGAAGCAGGCGAGUCAGAGUUAAGAGGAAUGUGUGCUAAACUGGAGACAAAGAACUCAAACUUGAUGGCCAAGAAUGCCACCCUAGAAGCAGGCGAGUCAGAGUUAAGAGGAAUGUGUGCUGAACUGGAGACAACAAACUCAAACUUGAUGGCCAAGAAUGCCACCCUAGAAGCCGGCGAGUCAAGAAUGACUGCUGAACUGGAGACCAAGAAAUCUGAACAAAAAGAAAAGCUUUCCGAACUGAAGACAAAGAACUCAAGACUACAAGAAGAGUUCAAUAAAAAAGAAACAGAGAACUCUGAGUUAACGGAAGAGAACAGUGAACUAUAUAGGAAGAAAUCAAGGUUAACUAAGAACAAUAUUAAACUGGAGAAAAAAUAUUUGAAGCUAAGAGAAGAAAACAGAGAACUGAAGAGAGAGCAUGCCCACCUAAAUGAAAAUGCUAGUAAACUAGCAAAUCAGAAUGCUGAACUACAAGAAAAGACCACAAAGCUGAAAGCUAAAAAUCUACAGCUUCAAGAAGACACUGAUGACAAAAAUGAAGAUAUUGAUUGGUUAACAGAGAAAAACAAUAAACUCCAGAGUGACCUGUCUGCGAUAAACAUAACGUGCACUAUGUUGAAGAAAAACAUCCUGGGUCCAUUCAAGGGAUCUGCUCUUCCAGCUAAUGUUAUUCUGGAUCCUGAUACAGCUCACAGUCAGCUGAUCCUCUCUACCGAUGGCAAAAGUUUGACACUGGGAAAAUCAGUCUCACUGAACAUCCCUGAUAAUCGAGAAAGAUUUGAUUAUUGGUUCUUUGUGUUGGGGAAAGAGGGUUUCAGCUCUGGACGACACUUCUGGCAGGUGGUGGUGAAUUCAUCCUGUAUUAUAGGAGUAACCAAAGAUUCGGCUCAGAGAAAAGGAAAUUUCCCAUUUCGUCCUGAGUUAGGAUAUUGGCUUCUGCGUUGCAAACAACUUGAGUCUCAAUUCUUUGCAUGGACUUACCCUUUAACCGCUUGCAGUGUCCACUCAGGACUAUUGAAUGUGUGUCUGGAUGUGGAGGAAAGAUGGGUCGCAUUUUUCCAUGCAAACUGGGAACACAUUUACACUUUCAGAAAGAUGGGUUUUAAUAAAGGGGAGAAGAUAUAUCCUGUGUUCUAUAACAUGGAUAUGAAUGAAGGCCUCUUCAUUAAAUCAGUGCCAUACAUUUGAAAGGAAGAAAGCGACUAAAACCACUGUGACAAUGGUCAGCUUGACCCUUGGUUUUUAAUCGCUUUAUUCAACCAGCAGGAUUGUGUUAUACUGUAUAGGCUACCGUAUUACAAAGCCAAAACAGCCAAAAUGACCCACUGUAGCAGUUCUUGUAUUUAAGAUUACUUUGCUUAACAUUACUAUUAAUAAUAACACUAAUACUGAUAAUAAAUAUAUAGUAUGUGUUUUGCAUCUAACUGUGUAUUCCCUUUAGUAAAGAAAAAAUGUACCCCAUGUAUGGAUUUAAAUGAACAAAAGCAUACAUAUUCACGUUACAGUUUUUUUCAAUCGCUAACAAGCGUUUGUCCAUUCAUAUGACACAUUUUCAAAACUCUAAACACAGACUCUCACCUACAAAACACAAUUGGCCAAAUGGAUCAUUUUCCUCUCAAAAGCACAUCCCAUGUUCUUACACCACAUUUUGUUACAUAUACACUAACUCGUCAUUUCUCUGCACACACUAACUUUACCAAAACACUGGAAACCUGACUCAAAAUGAAGUUAUUUUGUCAAAGAAUGAAACUUGUUUUCACUUCACAAGAUACAUGCAGUCAAUCAGAGUACACUAGGUUUCAAAAUACUGGCUACUGUUCACAUUACAAAAACUGCAUAGACUUUUAUGUUUCAGUUUUACAGGUAUUUGCAUGCAAAACAUGCAAUCCAGCAUUUUUACACUACAUUCCUUGGUUGGGAACUGUAUGUCCAGAUGUAAUGUUCACAUUCAAAUGCAUUCCAGUAAAAAGCAAAUCUUUUUUUUUUUUUUUUUUUACUGUUCACUAGGCCUACAGGAGGUGCAGUAUAAAUACUGUUUACAGUAGACUAUGAUAGAACAGAAAAAGUUUUACAGCAUUGCAGUGAACAAAAUAUCCAUGAUACACAAGAGCAUUCUGAACAAAAAACAACAGCAAAAAGCCCAGAUAAAAAGGGGGUGAACAAAAAAAAAGCACAAUAUUACUGUGUCUAAUCUCUGCACCUGCUCCUCUCAGUGCCCCUGCACCUCUCACUGCAUCUCUCACUGGGCCUGCUCUUCUCCCUGGGCCCCUUAGUCUUACUCUUCCUCGUCCAGACAUUACAGUAUUUGUCUUUUUCUGUUUCUGCUUCCAAAAACAUCACCUCCUCUUUUUACUGUGUAAGUGUCAAUGUAAUAGAGACCCCUGCCACUGAGUCUAAGACAGACUGAAAUCAUCUGUGGUUGGCCCAAUUUACCCAACAUAAAUCAUCUGUGUGUCAAUUAUUCGAUUGUUUGUUUAUUAUCAGCUGAGAUAUAUUGCUUUUGAAUUGAUAACAUUGCAGAAGCAGAGGUUUUUAUACUGUAUCUAAGGUUUGGAAUAUUGUUUUAACUAUUGUGGGAUGUUGUGUGUUAACAUUCGAAAAUAAUACAAAAACAAUCCAUUAUUUUGUUGGGAAGUAUAGUUUGUCUGUUAAGAAAAUGUAAGCAUUGUGAAAAUGUAUUCACUGACUAGGGUUGGGUAUCGAGAAUCGAGAAUCGAUUGGAACCGGAACCGGCUUUCCGAUAUACCCGGAAUCGUUCAAAAGUUUAAAUUUCAAUACCUAGUAUCGAUUCUCAGUACGCUGACCGGAAGAAGAAACCGCUGAACACCAACAAAGAAGCAUCCACCGGAAGUGUUCGCACAACUGUAACUAUAUAGCCAAUGGACCUUGCCCAAAACUUAUGACAACAGGCCUUACCCUCAUAAGUUGCUUUUUAUUGUUUAUUUGCUAUUCUGCACCAGGUUAGCCGAGUGGGAGCAAGACAACAUGUUUAAGUAUCUGCAGCAUCAUACACACAUGUGUAGCCUAAAUGUGUUUUCAUGAGGUUUCAUUACAUUAUAAUAUUCAUAUUCAAAGAUUUGAUAUUUAUAUUGUAGUUCAAAACAGUCCUGUGAGAAAUUCAUAGUAAAGUUAAAAUUGAUGGAGAAGGUCAGACUAUUUCAUUCAGAAAGACCGUUAGCUAGCUUAUUAAAAUACCGGUGUCCUAAACUUUUUGACCCUGCCUCUUAAAAGAAUCGGAAUCGAGAAUCGGUAGGAACCGGAAUCGAAACAACGAAUCGGAAUCGGAACCGGAAUCGUUCAAAUUCAAACGAUACCCAACCCUAUCACUGACUGCAUACUGUGUGAAAACAACAUGAAAUGUGUGAAUGGUAUGGCCACGAAAGACCGAUGCUGUGCUAACUGUGUAGAGUUUUGAAAAUGUGUCAACUGAAUGGACAAACGCUUGUUAGCGAUUGAAAAAAACUGUAAUACAAUACUUCAAAGUCUUUUUUUAAUCAAACAUCAAGUCAUUUUACAACAGAACUGCAUGCCUUCAUGCAGCUGUAUCCCACUUCAUAGAACUAACCUUGUGAUCCAUAGAAUCACAAAUUACUUUACCGUGCGGUUAGUGAAAGUUAAUGCACAUUCUAGACGUUCCGUCUAGAAAAGUGCAUUAACUUUGAAUGACCGCACAGAGUGAAGUCUAUUAUCCCGCUUAUUCCACUGUUGCCACUUGCGUUGUGUUCGUUUCCAGUGCUAAUUUAAAUGUUUUAAUCGCUAGAACUGUAUUAUUUGUAGAACUACUUUUCCCAGACACAUUUCAACCAAUUUCUCAAACUGCCGUUAAAUGGAUGGUUGCUAUGGCCAAAAGCCAGUCGUUAGUUCUAAUCUCCCAUUGUCAAGCUGGCAUAUCCCAGGAUUCUGAUGAGCGUUAACUUUGAAAGAUUGCUAUUUUUAUAGCCUACUGCCACCCAACUAGCUAAAAGCCACCUCCGUCAUAUGCUAAAUGUUACUAUGAUCUGAACGUCUGUAUUUUACAGCUUGUAUUUAACGUGCAUUUAAACUUCACAACGAGUUUGGCAAAUUAAUAUUCAAGUGUGAUAUGGCCAACAAAUUGGAACUACUUAGCCGUGCGUGUAGGCUAUCUAAAGUUCAUUCGUUUUUUAAGUCUGACGUCACGGGCCCAACAGCUAUUUUGUGAAAAGACGUUUAUAAGCGCAGCCAGACGGAUUUUGUCACUUGUGAACUUUGACAUCACCACCUUCGUUUUAGAGGUUUUAAAACAAAAUCGCUAAACUUUAACAAAGUAAUCACUGUAGCUGUGCAGCCAGAUAUAUAUUCAUGGGUAACUUCCAGGCUUCUGCGAAAAAUAGGAUUUUAUUAGGUUGAGGCAACAAGUCCGUAUAAGAUUGCAAUUUUCGUAAAGGCUAGUCAGAAUAGCGGAAAAUAAUAGUUUAUUUUACUGUCUAUGGAUAAUAACAUGUGAGUUUGAAAGCCGUUGGACCCGGAAAGAUAUAUAUCAUCCCAUUAUUACAUCAUAUAAUAAUAAAUAUAUAUAAAUACAAAUUACUAAACGGCAACGUUGUGGCAACGUUAUUUGUUUACUUUAUGGCAACUUCCUGUAGGCAACGUCAUGGCAACGUCACUCAGAUUACCAAGAGGCAACUUACUAAACAGCAACGUUGUGGCAACGUAAUUUGUUUACUUUAUGGCAACCUCCUGUAGGCAACGUUGUGGCAAUGUUGCCGCAACGUUGCCAGAAGGUAAUGUCGCCAUGACCUAAUGGCAACUUAUAGGCAACGUUGCCAGAUGGUCGUGUGUUAGCUGGGGAAUAGCAGUUAUGCAAUAAUUCUUCCAAAACAUUUGUAGCCUAACGUGAUGCUUUAACAAGAUUUAUAAUCUCUUUGGUGUGUAAAUAAUUUCCAAAACAGCUUUUUUAUUUUUUCAUUUAUUGUAGACAAACUGCACCUGCAAUCAACUCUGUUUGUACAGCUACCAGUUCAACUUUGUUAUUGUCUAACAUCUUCAUUAAACUAU